CAUAAAGGAAACUAUUUUUGAAAGCCACAGAGAGAGAGAGAGCAGAAGUGACUCUUUGCAGAUUCUACAUGGUGUAAUGGUUUUAGAGCAAACCUCUCGUAUUUAACAAUCACAUACACAUAAACGAAACCUCUCUUUCCUUCCUCACACCAUAGAGAAAGAGAGAGGAGAUGGCCACUGCUGCACCCAAGUGUUUGUGUCUCAUCCUCAUUAUCAUCGUUUCCAUUAACGCCACCACAGCCACAACUCAACGCUUCAAACAAGCCCCAAAAUUCUACAACUCCCCAAACUGUCCAACCAUUGCCCUCCAACAGAACGACACGUGUUCCGGCGAUGCAGUACACGUGGCAAUGACACUCGACGUCACCUACCUUCGGGGUUCCAUGGCCGCCAUCCUCUCCGUUCUCCAACACUCUUCUUGUCCUGAAAACAUCAUCUUCCAUUUCGUCACCGCGGCAUCCAAAGCCUCUUCCACCGCUCUCCUCAACCGCACCCUCUCCAACUCCUUCCCUUAUUUGAAAUUCCAAAUCUACCCUUUCGACGACCACGCCGUCGCGGGACUCAUUUCCACCUCCAUCCGCUCCGCAUUGGAUUGCCCUCUCAACUACGCUCGUAAUUACAUGGCCAAUCUUCUCCCUCUCUGCGUCCGCAACAUCGUCUACCUCGACUCCGACCUCGUACUCGUCGACGACAUUGCAAAACUCGCUGCUACCCCUCUCGGCGAAAACUCCGUCCUCGCUGCCCCCGAAUACUGCAACGCCAACUUCAGCGCGUACUUCACACCAUCUUUCUGGUCGAAUCCUUCUCUUUCCCUCACCUUCGCGGGGCGAAGGCCCUGUUAUUUCAACACCGGUGUGAUGGUAAUUGAUCUAGAACGGUGGCGGGCCGGGGAUUACACUACUAAAAUCCAGGAAUGGAUGGAGCUCCAGAAGAGAAUGAGGAUCUAUGAGCUUGGGUCGUUGCCGCCGUUUCUGCUUGUUUUCGCGGGGAAUAUAGGUCCGGUGGAUCACAGGUGGAACCAGCAUGGGCUUGGGGGGGAUAACUUCCGCGGGCUUUGCAGGGACUUGCAUCCGGGCCCGGUGAGUCUGUUGCAUUGGAGUGGGAAGGGGAAGCCGUGGGCCAGGCUAGACGCGAACCGCCCUUGCCCCUUGGAUGCGUUAUGGGCUCCCUACGAUCUUCUGGAGACACCUUUCGCUCUCGAAGCAUAGCGUUAGCCGCGUCAUAAUUACCAUUUUAAAUUUUUUUAUCUUUCUUUGCGGAAAUAAAGUCAAUUAUUACCUCUUUUCUGUUUUGUCUUUCCUUUUUCGUUGGCCCAAGUAGUUUUGG